CAACCCAACUCUCCGUCCAGACGACCAGACAGAUAACGUUGGGCAUGAAGACAAGGGGACGGGCGUCUACUGUACGGGCUCUCAUACAAAUUCUGUCACCACCAGCGCUUGUUUGACUCAUGUUAUCACUGAGUGUGUGGGUGGCAUCUACAGGCGCGUCAUCAUCUGGCCAAACCUACUUUACAUAGUAGACCAGACCUCCGAAAGCGCAGCAUCCGUCUACCGCAUUUCCUCAGCAGCCGUUGACUUCUUAAACCUGCCGCGUUUACCCGCCGUCACUAUCACCCGCUCUCAACGUGUCGCAUCAAAUCCCAAAAGACAACAUGUCGCAAUUUUUCCAGGACCUGUGGGAGUCCAUCUUCACCCCCGGUCCCACGCCGUCCCUCCUUAUCGCCACCAACGCUACCUUUGCCGCCCUGCAGCUUGUCCUAGGCGCCUUGCUGCUCGCCACCUACAGCAUCCACUUCGUUAUCCUGUCCUUCCUAUGCGCUGCCCUAUGGUGGGCCAUCAACUGGUUCGCCCGCGAGCUACAAGCCAGCCACGACCAGGAACUGAAGGAAAAGGCCAGUGCCGCGCGCAAGACUGCAGCGAGGGCCCGAACCAUACAGACGUCAGAGAGCGAGACCGAGGUCGAGACCUUCCCGGACAAGGCAACGACACAAGGCCAGCCGGCUGUGGCAGCCAGCCAGGAGGUGGAGGUUAGGGCAUCCCCUGCUGUUGGCGAGCUGAAGCAGCGCAUUCCCCCGGCGUCGCAAGGGAGCAAAUCCAGUGCCAGUACCGAGGAUGAGUGGGAGAAGGUGUCCGAGUACGAGAGUGAGAAGACCAAGUAGACGACCGCUGUUGGGGGGGAGGGGGGGGGAGGAGUCAAGGUGCUCAAUACACUCAAGGAGAUUUUGCGAGAGGGCAACGGCCUGGUAUAUUCAUAUCUAGUCUUGGUGUGAUGGUGUAGCCUUCCACGGCAGAAGCGCUGUUGUAAAUACUAGUGUUGCCAACUCUUUCGCAGCUGGCCUGGUUAAAUGUAUACAUGCCUUAUUCCUACUC